GACGAUUUUCGGUUGUCACACCAAAGUCCACUAGGGGAACUGUCUUUACAUUCUUGAGUCAACGGCGAGGGAGACGAAGUGAAAAAAAUGGCGAUGUCUAGCGUUGUCGCUGUAUCGUGAGCAUAAUGGUUUUCGGCACAACAUUACAGUUGAAAAUACGAUAGAGUUUCAUUAUUAAGUGUGAAUUAUUCGUUACACGACGAGUCUCGAGUACCCACGAAGAAGAAAUGGAUCAGGCUCCUGCAGACACGGACUUGCGCAACAUCAUAGACAAGCUGGCUCAAUUUGUCGCACGUAACGGACCAGAGUUUGAGCAGAUGACGAAAAACAAGCAAAAGGAUAACCCGAAGUUUGGUUUCCUGUUUGGCGGAGAGCACUUUAACUACUAUCAAUACAAAGUGACAACGGAGCAAGCCAUUUUAAAGCAAAAAGGAAUAAAUCCAAUGCAAAAUGCCGACCCACGUUUAAACGUUUCGCAGCAGCAGCAAACAGCCGCGGCCGUCGCUUCGCCACAAAAUAACGUCAGUCUUGCCUCGAGCCUGAGCGCUCAAAACAACGGUUUAAGCCAAGUGGUCGGGAACCCAGGGCCCGUUAUACCAGGGAUAACUGGGGUACCCGGAGUAUCCGGAGUUCCAGGACCAAUCGGAGGGCCUGGAAAUGUGGGACCACCUGUUGGGGCCAUUCCUGGACCAAUAAGGAACGUGAAUUCGCCGAUCGGUGGAGUUAAUCCUGGAGUCAAUAUUGCUGGUCCUUCAGGUUGGUUGCGAAAUGAACUUGCGCAGCUUCAGUCACAGCAAGCUACACUCCGAGAACAAGUUAGGCAAUCUGAGCAAAACCUCGCUGCCCAACACGCCGCUUUAAUGGCUCAACAACAAGGGAGAGUCGAGGAGGCUGUCAGACAAGCUCAAGAAGCAUCGCUGCAAAAUAAUGCUCAGCAUACAAACACUGACCUUUCUGCAUUUGAUUCUGUACUACAACCCAUUAUCGAGAGCUGCACUAAGGACAGCAUCAGUGCCGGAAAGGCUUGGAUACUACAGAAUUCUAUCACAGCACAAAGCAAUCAAGUUAUCGCUGAGCAUUUGCUGAAAAAAGUAAUUCAAGGAGCAGCUUUCAGCCAGAAGUUACACGUGAUUUACUUAGUAAACGAUGUUCUUCAUCAUUGUGCGAGGAAAAAAUCAAUCGAUCUUCGCAAAGCAAUGGAAAGCGUUGUUGUCCCGAUGUUCUGCAACACGUCAUUGGCUGCUACCGAUGAACAGCUUAAUAAAUUGAACAAACUUUUAAGCCUUUGGGAAUCUAAAAAUAAUUACUUUGACGAUGGAAUAAUCGAGAAGUUGAAGCAACCGAGUAUAUCUUGGUCAGAAUACCAGGCCAGUUUAGUUUCAAAACAUGCAAGUGCCAUUACACCAAUCACAACAUCAACCAAACAGACUUUUGAAAAUUAUCAAGCUCAGCAUCAGGCCUUCAUCAAUCAUGCUAUGAGACAAAUUCAAACUAUAGAGCAGCAGAAAAUUUCCAUUGAUCAGCAGCUUAAAGCUCCACCACCUCCGCCACCGCAAAUGAACCAAACAAAUUUAAACAUACCACCAACUCACACUGGGCCGCCUCCUCCAAUGUCUGGUGGUGAUAUGAAUUUUAGUCAGCCCCCACCAGGCUGGGGAGUUCCUGGGGCUCCGGAACCACCUCCGUUUACCAAUGUUCCAUUACCGGACUUCUCUAAACCACCACCUGGCUUUGGCCCUCCACCGAUCAUUCACGAACCAUCCAUGGAAGAUCUUAUGCCUAGUAUGCCAUACUUCGAAUUACCAGCUGGCUUAAUGGUCCCACUCAUCAAAUUGGAGGACGGCGAAUAUAAGUCAUUAGAUCCAGAUGCUAUAAGACUUCCACCACCGGCUCCACCGAGUGAUAGAUUAGUUGCUGCAGUCGAAGCAUUUUAUGCUCCUCCAAAUCACGAUUCACCCAGGGAUAGUGACGGCUGGGAGAAACUCGGUCUGUAUGAGUACUACAAGGCGAAAAAUGCGGCACGCAAACGAAAGGAGGAAGACAUUCUGAGUGGAUUAAGACAGAGGUCUCGAUCACCGUCCCCUAUUUUAAGGCCACGAUCUAAAAGCCCGAGUCCGCCCAAAAAACGAUACAGAAGUAAAUCUCGCAGCAGAUCCAGGUCUAGAUCGAAGGGCCGAAGCAGAUCUAGAUCACCAACGAGUAAUCACCGGCGCAAUUCCCGUAAUAGUAGCAAUCACAAUAGCAGGAGUAGGAGAAACAGAAGAAAUAGCAACAAAGAAAGGAGUCCAGACAGCAAGCGAGGGGACAGAUCUGACCGAAGUCCUACGCCACCUAGUUUUCUGGGAUCAACGUACAGCAAAGCACAGCAGGAGAUAAGUUUAGAUGAGAGUAAUAAAGGCCAUCAAUUGUUGAAAAAAAUGGGAUGGGGUGGAGCUGGUUUGGGUGCAAAUGAACAAGGAAUUGAAGCACCGAUAUCAGGAGGGGAAAUACGGGACAAAAAUGACCAGUACAAAGGUGUUGGGAUUAAUUUGAAUGACCCGUACGAGAACUUCAGAAAAAGUAAAGGCCAAGCUUUUAUCACGCGAAUGAAAGCAAGAGCGGAGGAAAGAGCGGAAGAAAGAGCAGAACGAGAUUGAAUUAUUUUAUAAUUAAAUAUAUGAUAUUGUCUCUAAUAUCGACAUUGUAAGACAAAAGUGCGGCUGUUUAUACGUAUACUCACGUGUGUACGUACGUAUACUUGUACGUGUACAUAAUAUAGAUGUACACAGUGUAACCGUUGCUUGUGAGCAAAGGAACAGAAAUGAAAAGGGAGACGCAUUUUUUUACUUGACGAAGGAAGACAUUUUCGUAAAAUAAAAGAUUUUGCAUUCA